GUGUCACCGGUGGAGCGGGAGCGCGCAGCAGUGCGCAGCGCAUGAAGCCGAAACUACCGCGAACCGUGGAGCUGAACUUUUUAUUUGACUCUUGAGGAGAAACAGACAAAAACAACAUCCCCAUCAGUUUGUUUCCUCCACCUUCGACCCGCGUGGAGCUAAAUGACCAGAGGAGAGCGAGCAGCUGAGUGAUACCCGGGGCACCAUGGAGAGCAAAGGAUUACAGCGCUGUAAGAUCGUGGUGGUCGGUGAUACGCAGUGUGGGAAGACGGCUCUCCUCCAUGUCUUCGCCAAGGACUCGUACCCGGAGAAUUACGUUCCCACCGUGUUUGAGAACUACACGGCCAGCUUCGAGAUCGACAAGCAGAGGAUCGAGCUCAACAUGUGGGACACGUCAGGGUCAGCCUACUACGACAACGUGCGGCCGUUAGCUUACCCCGACGCGGACGCCGUGCUCAUCGUCUUUGACAUCAGCCGUCCGGAGACCAUGGACAGCGUGCUGAAAAAGUGGCAAGGUGAGACGCAGGAGUUCUGCCCCAAUGCCAAAGUGGUGCUGGUCGGCUCCAAGCUGGACAUGAGGACGGACAUGAAUGUCAUGAGGGAGCUCUCCAAACACAGACUCAUUCCCGUCACCCACGAACAGGGCACAAGCUUGGCGAGGCAGAUCGGCGCCGUUGCCUACGCAGAGUGCACGUCAAAGUAUUCAGAGAACAGCGUCCGCGACGUUUUCCAUGUCACCACGCUGGCGUCCGUGUCCCGCAUCCAUCGGCCCAUCCCUCAGCUCAAACGCGCGGCCUCACGCCGCGGCCUCAAGCGGGUCUCCCAGCAGCCGCCUCGGACUGAGAUCAGUGAGCACCCGCCUCCCAUUAGAAAGGACCGGGCCAAAAGCUGUGUGCUCAUGUAGGACCAGGGUUCGACCAGCGAGGCUGACCCACGUGUGCCGAUGGACACGAACCAUACCGCACAUGAACUUAAUUUAUUGGUGAUUUCUUGUCCGCUCUUUGCACUUUGCACUGUGGGUUCUUUGAGGAAUUGUCGAUCUUUAGCAAAACUCUCCUUGUUGUUUUUCUCUGUGGCUGUGUUCUCUUGGGGGGAGGGGGCGCUGCGGUGGUACAGGCGACGUCUCCGAUGCUUUUACUUAAACGUGGAGACAAAGAGGCUGGUGAUCAAAUGAAGCACAAGGACAGAAAAAAAGUGUGUUGAGAUUAAAGAGGAAAGAAAUGAAUUAACGGGUCACCCUGCAGGAACCGGCUGUAACAAUGCUGGCCUCGACCUCUAUUAUGUUGUUUUCCUGUUUUGAAAAUGCUAUUCUCUCUUUAGGUGUAUAAGUAAACGAAGCACAAUACAAUGCACGCAAACUGUUCCGAGUUUUCUGUUCAUGUCAGGGAACGAACUCACCAUGACGGGUCGACGAAGAAAAUCUGGACCGGCUAAAUACUCGUGGGCUGAGAUGACACUAAUUUUCUUAAACCACAAGUGCUUUUUAAUAUUGAAAAAUGGAAUAAUCACUCACCACAUAAUACUGUUGUGAAAUUAAUACUGUUCUAAUGAUCCACACCGGGAAGGAAAGUCACAGAGGGAGUAAAGAGGGUGAUUGUUAUGUUGUACGUGUCAUAAUGAAAUAAAGAAAAACUUGCUCUGCU